AUGUGGCAGUCAUGCUUUCUAUUCGUUCUGCUGAUCACGGUACACGUGGUCGAAGGCCACGCGGACAAUGAUCCGGAGCUCAAUAUGAAUACGGUAGCGCUUGCUUGUUGAUAGUUAUAUUAUCAAUCGAAACUGUUUAGUCCCAAAUCAUCGAACGGUGGGGGUACACGGCGGAAGUGCACACGGUGACCACCGAAGACGGCUACAUUCUCGAAAUGCAACGGAUUCCGCAUGGCAAAAGUGAGUAGUUCUGUCGGCGGCCAAGUAAAGAAAACGCAUUUUGAGCGAAUGUGACGUGGCCGAACGGGAAACGGCCGGUUGUUCUGAUGCAGCACGGAUUGCUCGCCUGCGCCAGCGACUGGGUUGUCAACCUUCCCGAUCAGAGUGCAGGUCAGCGCUUCUAUUGUCUCUUGUUCCGCCUAGAAAAAAAAAAUGGCGAGCUGUCAACGUGGUGGCCGAGGUCUAGAAAAUGCUUCGACCAUCACCGUACCUGAAACGAGCCAGGAUCACUGUUUUGGAGCUCAUUUCACAGAUGAUCCAUCAUUUUCAGCAUUCGUGUUCGCCGACGCCGGAUUUGACGUGUGGCUCGGCAACGUGCGCGGCACCACUUAUGGCCGUCAGCACACGACGCUCGACCCGAAGGACACCCCAUUCUGGAAGUUCAGCUGGGACGAGAUGGCCCGAUACGACUUGAGCGCAAUGGUGGAUCACGUGUUGGCGAUGACCGGUCAGCCGAAUCUCUACUACAUGGGACACUCGCAGGGAACUCUGAUCAUGUUCUCUCGUCUCGCUCAGGACACGGACGGCAGUUUUGCAAAGAAGAUCAGAAGAUAUUUCGCACUGGCGCCCAUCGGAUCCGUCAAGAACAUCAAGGGCUUCUUGUCCUAUUUUGCACACAAGUUCUCUCCAGAGUUUGAUGUGAGUUGGAUCCUCUGUUCUGUCUAGUGUAAUGAAAUUUUCAGGGCUGGUACGAUCUCUUCGGCUCCAAAGACUUCCUGCCCGACAAUUGGAUCACAAAAAUGGCGGCCAAGGACAUCUGCGGAGAAUCGGAGAAAGAGGCGGAGAUGUGUGAUAACGAGUUGUUCCUGAUCGCUGGUCCCGAAAGUAACCAGUGGAACGCCUCACGGACGGCCGUCUACAGCUCUCAGGAUCCGGCAGGCACCUCCACCCAAAACAUUGUCCACUGGAUGCAAAUGGUCAGGCACGGAGGAGUGCCUGCCUUCGACUGGGGCACGAAAGAGAACAAGAAGAAGUACGGACAGGCGACGCCGCCAGAGUACGACUUCGCCGCGAUCAAGGGGACGAAGAUCCAUCUGUUCUGGAGCGACGAUGAUUGGCUGGGCGACCCGACGGACAUCAACGAGUUUCUGCUAAAGCAGUUGAAUCCGGCCGUCAUCGCCGAGAGUGUCAACUUGAAGAGCUUUAAUCAUUUGGACUUUUCAUGGGGUCUAAGUGCCACUCCUGACAUUUAUGUGCCUGCCGUCAAAACUUGUACGGACGAUUACUUGUCUUCACUUUAA